AUGGCUGAUGAUGAGAAAAUGUCUCCGAAGAUCCAUGAUCACUGGCUAAAAAUCCACACUACCAAAUCAUCUAUUAUCUUCUAUGCCAUCAUAUUUGUUGCCAUGUUCCUUCUCAUCUCUGGUCUAAAUACCAUGUCUAAUUCUUCUACCCUUUCAUUUGGUUUGACAAGUCAUCAAAUUCUUAACCAACAAGAAACUCCUAAAGCUAGUGACAUAAAUCCUCAGCUUUCCAUUCAAGAGAGUACUGAAGAGACUGAUGCAGAAAAUGAAGAUCCUCUUAUUCCACCAGCUCAAGCAUCAAAGGAAGAAAGAAUGACAUGGUUUAGGACACAGCUACCAAACCUUGAGAUACUUAAACCAAGCAACUUAACACCUUCAUUUCAUUAUAGAGUCUUAAACUUUCUCAACCAAGAUUGCUCAACAUUGUUCCACAUCAUAUGGUUAUCACCAGCAAAGUAUUUUGGCAAAAGAGAGUUCCUAACAAUGGAUACACUUUUCAAAGUCCAACCUCAAGUAUGCUUGUUGAUUAUAUCAAGAUCAAUGGAUUCUAAACAUGGGUAUAGAAUCUUGAAGCCACUGCUUGAUAGAGGGUUCAAAGUUUUAGCAAUCACUCCUGAUUUGCCAUUCCUGGUCAAGAACACCCCAGCUGAAGCUUGGCUUGAAAAGAUAAAAAGUGGUAACAAAGACCCUGGAUACAUUCCAUUGACUCAGAACCUUUCCAACCUGAUAAGGCUAGCCAUGUUGUAUAAGUAUGGUGGUGUUUAUUUGGAUACAGAUUUGAUAAUUAUGAAGGAUUUCUCAAUGUUCAGGAACACAGUUGGAGCACAAAGUGCUGACCCAGUGACCAAGAAAUGGUUAAGGUUAAAUGGUGCAGUUAUGAUAUUUGACAUCAAUCAUCCAAUCCUUUGGGACUUACUACAAGAAUUUUCAUCAACUUUUGAUGGGAAUAGAUGGGGUUACAAUGGACCUUACUUGGUUUCAAGAGUUAUAGAGAGAGUUGGCAACACACCAGGAUACAACAUCACAAUUUUGCCACCUAAGGCUUUCUAUCCUGUUGAUUGGAUCAAGAUUGGAGGGCUUUUCAAGAAGCCUAAAACGAAUUUUGAAUCAAUGUGGGUGGAAAAUACACUAGUUAAAUUACUAUAUGAAGGGGACACAUAUGCACUUCAUUUAUGGAACAAGAAGAGCAGAGAGCUAGAUAUUGAAGAGGGAAGUGUCAUGGCAAGAUUAAUAGCUGUUCGUUGCAUUGUUUGCAACUAUAUGUAUUAA